UACACCAAACCUCGAGAGUCCUCUCUCAGCGGACUCUCCAACGCUUUUCCCUCUCUCUCUAUUAAACCCUCUCUUACUUCUCGUCCUCGGCCCCUCUCCAACAGAGGAAAAAAAAAAGGGCGCUCUGUUUUUUGGAUCGCGAAAAUGCAAAGCGCAGCCUUCACCUUCUCUUCUUCUCAUUCGGUUCCUCUUCUAAAGCCUCGAAGGUCUUUGGUUAAUAAUAGUUUUACUGCUAGAUUCGAUCCUAUUCGCGCCUCUUCUAGACGCCAGGAUCUAGAGGCCUCCACCAGCAAUGUCGUUUUCCCCCGCCGAUCCUGGUCCUUGCCUUCGUCUCCCUCUCUGCUCAGGCCUUGGAAUCCUCUGCCUCCUCUCGUUUCCGAGACUAAGAUCGACCGGUUCGAGGUUAGAGCGACGGCUGUGCCGGAGAGUGCUGGUGAGGGCGAGAAGUCUAAUAGCUUGACCAAGACUUUGGAACUUGGAUUGUUGUUUGGCCUUUGGUAUCUUUUCAAUAUUUAUUUCAAUAUUUACAACAAGCAGAUUUUGAAGGUCUAUCCAUACCCAGUAACUGUUACUGUAGUUCAGUUUGCUGUUGGGACUGUACUAGUUAUUCUUAUGUGGACUUUCAAUCUCUACAAAAGGCCAAAAAUUAGCGGAGCUCAGCUUGCUGCGAUCGUGCCACUGGCAAUGGUUCACACGCUAGGCAACCUUUUCACUAAUAUGAGUCUUGGGAAAGUGGCUGUUUCAUUCACUCACACAAUAAAAGCUAUGGAACCUUUCUUCUCAGUUAUUCUCUCUGCUAUGUUUCUUGGUGAGUUGCCUACUAUCUGGGUAGUUGGUUCCCUUCUGCCAAUUGUUGGUGGUGUAGCACUUGCAUCAGCAACUGAGGCCUCUUUCAAUUGGGCUGGGUUUUGGAGUGCAAUGGCUUCCAAUUUGACAAACCAAUCUCGUAAUGUCCUAAGCAAAAAGGUCAUGGUUAAGAAAGAGGAAUCCAUGGACAACAUUACUCUCUUCUCAAUAAUAACAAUUAUGUCCUUUAUCUUGUUAGCCCCUGUAUCUCUCUUCAUGGAAGGCGUCAAGUUUACUCCCGCAUACCUCCAAUCUGCUGGAUUGAAUGUUAAGGAGGUGUACAUUAGGUCUCUUCUUGCUGCGCUUUGCUUCCAUGCCUACCAGCAGGUUUCCUACAUGAUAUUGCAGAGAGUAUCCCCUGUUACCCACUCUGUGGGCAAUUGUGUGAAGCGUGUGGUGGUCAUUGUGAGCUCUGUCUUGUUCUUCCAGACACCUGUUUCACCUAUAAACUCUCUUGGCACCGGGAUUGCCCUUGCUGGAGUUUUUCUCUAUUCAAGAGUGAAGCGCAUUAAGCCAAAGCCAAAAACAGCUUGAAGUUAUUGCUUUUAACGGAGUUGUUUGAUGAUAGCAAAGGAACUUGUUUGUAGAUCAGCCAGAAGUUCGAUUACUUUUUUUUUUUUUUUUGGGUUCGUACUCUUUGGUUUGUUCCACUGGGAUGAUUUAUAAUUGUGGACCCAUCUCCCCAAAAAAUUUAUGGGGUGCAAAUAUGCUGCUUAGGAGUUUGUGUUCUUUCUAUGAAUCUUUUUGCGGUCAAUGUAGACUCGCUUAUGAAAGGGCGUUUGUUGGGUUGACAGUUGACACUGCAGAAUGCAGUGUAAGAGAAAAAUCUUCGGGGCAAUGGGAAAAUUUGCAGUUUUGAUCAGGGACAAUGGCUUCCGUGUCUCCCCUGAAGUCCGGCUCCUCUCUUAAAGGCAAUAUUGUAUUGCCCAUGGUUUGCUGCCUCUGCCCCGGUUAUUCUGAGUGUGAAUGGUGUCAAAAUAA